GCGAGCCCCGCUCCACUCAUCAAGAAACCCUGGUCCGGAUGGCCACGCGUCAUCUCGUCCCUCUCCCCCUCCCGCUCUACAAAAGCAUCUCCGCUCCCCCGUCUCUCUUCUCUCGAAGCAUCCGACGAUCACUUCUCUCCCCACCGAGCUUCGCGAGCUCGUCGUCCAUGGCGUCUCCUUCUCCGAAGAAGGUCCUGGUCCCGAUCGCCAACGGGACGGAGCCAAUGGAAGCGGUGAUCACCAUCGACGUCCUCCGGAGGGCCGGUGCGGACGUCACCGUUGCAUCGGCGGAGAAGGACCUCCGAGUCGAGGCCUGCUGGGGAAUCAAGAUCGUGGCCGACGCCCUCGUAUCGGACUGCGCCGGUUCUUCUUUCGACCUCAUCUCCCUUCCCGGAGGGAUGCCGGGUUCGGCAACUCUUAGGGAUUGUGAAGCCUUAAAAAGCAUCGUGAAGAAGCAAGCGGAAAAAGGAGGGCUUUACGCCGCGAUCUGUGCUGCCCCGGCUGUCGCCCUGGGAUCGUGGGGUUUACUGAAGGGUUUAAAAGCAACUUGUUAUCCUUCAUUUAUGGAGAAGCUCUCCCCUGAAGCGAUAAAGGUGGAAUCAAGAGUGCAAGUGGAUGGACGGGUAAUCACGAGCCGUGGACCAGGAACAGCUAUAGAGUUUUCUCUGGCUUUGGUGGAACAACUCUAUGGAAAAGAAAAAGCUGAUGAAGUCGCAGGGCCUAUGGUGAUGCGUCCUCAUCAUGGGGCUGAGUUUGCUAUGACUGAGCUGAACUCAAUCCAAUGGAAAUUUAAUAAUACACCUCAGAUUCUUGUGCCAAUAGCCAAUGGCUCAGAGGAAAUGGAGGCUGUUAUGAUCAUUGACAUUUUACGCAGAGCAAAAGCUAAUGUCAUAGUGGCAUCAGUUGAAGAUAAGCUGGAAAUUGUGGCAUCCAGGAAAGUGAAACUAGUAGCUGAUAUGCUGUUGGAUGAGGCUGUUAAGCUGCAAUACGAUUUAAUUGUUCUUCCUGGUGGACUUGGUGGUGCCCAAGCAUUUUCUAGUUCUGAGAAGCUUGUUGAUUUACUCAAAAAGCAGGCAGAAUCUAAAAAACUGUAUGGGGCAAUAUGUGCCUCUCCAGCUAUGGUCCUUGAGCCCUAUGGCUUGCUUAAAGGGAAGAAGGCAACAGCAUAUCCAGCGAUGUGCAACAAACUUUCAGAUCAAAGCGAAUGCGAGAACAGGGUUGUGGUUGAUGGGAACUUGAUCACGAGCAGAGGCCCAGGGACUUCCAUGGAGUUUGCACUGGCCAUUGUUGAAAAGCUAUUUGGUCGACAGAACGCACUAAACCUUGCAAAGACUCUGGUUUUCAUUUGAACGCGCUGAACCUUGUAGAGACUCUGGUUUUCAUGUGAACGCGCUGCACCUUGCAAGGAGAAAUCUGUGACUGGACUGUGAUGUAGUUCCUAUGUUUUGAGGGAGCAUUACUAUCUUGGCUUUAUGUAUAAAGCUUGAGAAUUGGGAUAAUGCUGUUUGAAGUGCUGGUAUCUGCUGCAGUUUGAUUGCCGCAUGUCAAAUAUAUCCUUUUAAUCGCCCGUUUGGUGUGUUGGGUUGUGGGUAGUACUACUAUCUUGGCUUAUGUAUAAAGACAGACUUGAGUUAAUGUUGUUCGUGCUGCAGUUUGAUUGUAGCAUGUCAUGUAUAUUUUUU